AUGUGGAUGUCUCCAGUGAAGAACCAAAGUUGGGUUUCUGAAUUUAUCCUGCUUGGCUUCUCCAGCGACCCCACGUCCAACAGGAUCCUCUUCGUUGCCUUCCUUCUCCUCUACCUGUGCUCAGUCCUGGGCAAUGGGCUCAUUGUCACCCUGAUCUGCCUGGACCCGCACCUUCACACUCCCAUGUACUUCUUCCUCUGUAUCCUCUCUCUGCUGGACAUGAGCUACGUCACCACCACCAUGCCCCAGAUGCUGGUGCAUCUUCUCGCUCAUUCUCAGACCAUUUCCUUUGCUGGCUGUUGGCUACAGAUGUACAUGUUCAGUGUCCUGGGCCUGGCCGAGUCUAUUUUAUUCGUAGUCAUGGCUUAUGACCGAUACGUAGCCAUCUGCUCGCCGCUGCGUUAUACUGUGAUCCUCAGCUGGAGCCUGUGCCGGCGGCUGGCAGCUGGGGCCUGGGCCUGCGGCUUCUUCUUCUCUCUGAUCCAUACUUUCUUCACCAUGCGGCUGCCGUACUGUGGGCCCAACGUGGUCAACCACUACUUCUGUGAAGGCCCCGCAGUACGAAGCUUGGCUUGCAUGGAUACCCACCUCAUUGAGAUUGUGGACCUGGUUAUCAGUGUGCUCAUGGUUGCUGCCCCACUUUCCCUCAUUUUGGCCUCCUACAUCCGUAUUGCCCGGGCCAUUGUCAAGAUCAAGUCCUUAAAGGGCCGCUGCAAGGCCUUCUCCACCUGUGCUUCCCACCUGACUGUGGUCUCACUCUUCUAUGCUCCAGCCACCUACAUCUACAUGAGGCCCAACUCCAGCUAUUCCCCUGAGCAAGACAAGCAGGUCUCACUCUUUUAUAAUGUCUUCACUGCCCUGCUCAACCCUGUGGUCUACAGUCUGAGGAACAAGGACAUCAAAGGGGCUUUUCUCAAAGUGAUGGGGCGGUGUAGGGUAGCCUGGUGA